AUGACUCGGAAUUCAUCGGUUCGUUGUAUCGAAGACUUAUCCAACGAAAUUUUCUACAAUGAAAUAUUCGAGUAUCUCGAAGAUUAUGAUAUCUAUCAGUCGUUUUCGAAUCUUAAUCUUCGUUUUCAAAAUCUACUCUCUGGUUUACGUUUACGACUUAAAAUUAAUAUAUUUGAUUUAUCCAAACAAGAGAAAUCCAUUGAGAAGUCAAACGGUAAUCUCAAUGCAAUCGAAAACCAAGUAUUGAACGAUUUCUCCUUUCAUUACUAUAUCGAAUCUCUGUGUUCUAUCGAUGUCAAAUCCAAUGAUAUCGAAGAGCAGUUAUUAAUAUUACGGACGAUUCUACAAAUUUGCUCUCUGAAAAUUUCGAUCAAAGGCGAAUUCAAAUGUCUGACUUCCCUCUACAAAUCGAUAUUUCAAAUGUCAUCUUUGAAGUACGUGAAAAUCUCCUACGACCAAUACAAUCCGUACAUUCCGUUACCGUUCGCUCAGAAGAAUCAAUCGAGUGCAAUUGAACAUCUCGAUAUUGAUCAUUCAUGUCGAGUGCUCAAUCUAAUGGCUAUGCUUUCCUAUACACCACAUCUAUCUCGCUUAACGUGCAGAGGAUUAGUCGAUUAUGAUCCAUGUCUCGACAGAAUGAUCGUAGCAGUUCCGAAAUUAACAUAUAUUUCUAUCCGAACGUAUCUGACGUGCUUUGAUGAAUUUGAAAUAUUGAUGAAAACGAUUGCAAACAAAGUACAACUAUUACGAGUGAAUAUCCCCAUCGGGAAAGGUUACCUCAAUGCUCGACGAUGGGAACGAUUGAUCACUCGCUCGAUGCCAAACUUGAAUCGAUUUUAUUUGCAGUAUUACGAAGCAUGUGACGAAUAUUUUCGAGAUCAAAACUAUUGCCCUUUAGUUCGAGAUUUUCGUAGUGCCUUCUGGAUUGAUCGAGGAUGGAUUUGUAGAUUAUCGUUUAUUAUUGCUGGUACAUUUUCCAGACAAAUGCUAUUUCGCAUCACACCGCUGAGAAAAAUGUCGAAUGAGCUGAUGAUUUUGAAUGACUUCUCACCAGAUACAUUAGCCAGAGAAUUAUGCUUAUCCGCGAGAAUCGUUAUCAAAGAAAAUGCUUUCGAUUGUUGCCCACGUUUGGUUCUACACGAUAUUAUCCCUUCAUUCUCUUUCAUUCAAUUCACUCAUUUAAGUCUACAACGUGAUGGUUUUCAUGUAAAAGACUUUCUCAAGCUACUGUCUUUGUUGACUCAUCUGGAAUCAAUCGAAUUAAAAAGUUUAUUAUUAAUGAGACAAACCAAUUUUUCUCCCGAAGAAGAAAACCUGCUCAAUACAUUACCAAGAAUUAAUAAAAUUAUUCGAGUCACGAUCUUAUCAGCUACAGAAUUGAUACAAGUUCAGUUCCUCAUCAAUUUAUGUCCACGAGUGCAACAAUUAGAAAUUCACUGUACAGAUGCGAUCGAUAUCACAAUGUUGGCUCAACUUGUACUAACCAAAAAUUGUCGAGCAAUACCACAUUUGACUAGUUUGCGUCUAUGGACUCCGAACAUCAGUGCUAGACGAGUUGAUAGGUUACUAAAGAUGGUCGCUUCUAAAAAAGAAAGUUCGGGUUAUACAAUUAAGCAUCUGGUCGAUCAAGUUUGGAUUACCUGGAAAUGA